UUUAACUCUUAUUUCGGGAAUAAAAAUAUAUAAUUUUUGUUUUGAUAUUUUUUCAAUGUUUUACUCAUACUUUAAUCUUUUUCCCCUUUAUAAUAUACGAAUUGAAGUAGUUUUUAUUUAGUUGAAGUCUAAAAUUUAUCUGGUUUAACUUGAAAAGAGUCAAUUCAACCAAACAGCAGAUAAACCCUAAGAAGUGUUUGAUUUAUAUGAUUACAAGAGUUGUUAUUAAUUAACUCAGCUAGCUCGUUAAUGGCCUCACAAGGGUUUUAAAAACGUAAAAUUGUAUGGUUGAAAUUUGUGAAGAGGGGAAUUGAUGUAUACCAAUUGAUUACCAUCUCUCCCCUAAAAGGACUGAGGAAUCUCUCAACACUUGGCCGGGAAGCACUUAAAGGCACAUUUGCGGGUUUUUUUUCUUGUUUUGAUCUUCUCUGAACAUACCGUCUGUCUACUCUCGAGUAGGGGCAAGAUUCUUACACUACUACAGCUAUGGAUGGAUUUCUGGAGACCCCUUUCGAUGAUGACAAGGACCAGUCUGUGAGCAACGAUGAGGCUACGAUGCGUCGCCUCAAAAACCGUGAACGGCAACGCAGGUAUAGAGCUCGGAAACGUCUCGAAGCCGAUACGGGUAAAGCACCGGGCAAUGACUCGAACCAAUCCACCCGGACGGACGCCAAAGAAGUUUGGGAAUCUCCAAAAAACAACAGAUACCCUCACAUCCUCCCAGAAGUGUCGGUGACGGGCACCCGAGAGAACGGAAUGCCCGUUGCCCGGGAGUGCCCGAUGCCCGUAAACGCCACUUGUCAGAAUGAAAUGGCGGUUGCCCAGGAGUGCCCGAGACGCGUAAACCCGAUUUUUCAAGAACCCGUGACCCGUGUUUACUGUGGGCGGGACUGGAAACAAGAUGCUCGAAAAGCCCACGGGCUGAGGCGAGAGCAAGAAGUCAUAACCGAUGAUGCAACCCGGAUGCGACGACAUUCGGGUAAUGAUGAACCGGACAUUGCCCGAAGCGACCGGAUUGCCUUGGAUGUCUCUGAACAGGCUAGGAAUGAAACGCCCAGAGUCAUGCCCAGCAGAAGACAUUGGAAAGCAGAUGCUAGAAAUAAGAAAGGCUGAAAUGGUUUUUUUUUUAUGUGACUUGUGAGUGACAGUUGUGAUCAUCUUUGUUUUUUUUUUUUCUCAUUUUAAUUCCCACAUAAUUGUGAAUACCAACAUUUUUAUCACGAAAAAAAGUCAUGCUAAAUUUACACCAAUUGUUUGUCUUAUUUUAAGUUGCAUAUUUACUGUUCAUAUUGUCAAAUUAUAAUCUUUUUUUAAUUCAUUUUUGUUAUUCAUUCAGUGAAAAUAAUAUGAAUGGUUAUUU